AUCUCGCAUGAAACCUGAAAGCUAGUACCGGACCAGCCCAUUCAAGAUGAGGCCUACGUCGCGGUGCGUGGCGCUCAUAGCGCUCAUCGUCGCCGCCAACGCUCAGUCAGUUGAAGAACUGAAGGGCGAGUCAGUAGAAAGUGCCAGCACAUCCACCGGCAGUUCACAAGAAGAGGAGCCUAAAGAGGCCUGGAUGCGACCGCCAUCUGGCGGCGUCGCCGUCCGAACCGGAGAAGAUGCCUUACUGACAUGUGUAGUACUGGGUGCUAAGGGCAAGCCGGUGCUGUGGAGGAGAGCGAGCGACCGCCAAUUGUUGACCGCUGGCGGGGUUAGAGUUACUAGAGACGACAGGGUCCGCGUGCUACACGAUGACUCUGAAGAGCCAUUACAAGGCCCAGGCAUCGCCAAGGGUGGCGAUGUGUGGGCGCUAGUCAUCAAGUCAGUGAAGGCGUCAGACGCUGGCUUAUACAUGUGCGAGCUGAACACAGAGCCGCCGGUUAGAAGCUUCCACAGAUUAACAGUGAUAUCAAGAGGCCUAACGCCGCCCGAGAACACCAACGUGACGGACAGUUACUCAGCUAACUUGCCAACGUUGUCACCGUUGGCGUUGGCACACAACUACACGGACUGCUGCAUUGCUGCCAACGUGACGAAAGCUUGUCUGGGUUUCUGCAGCAUUCAGACUAUCUUGGAAGGCACUGGACAAGACCCGGAGACGUGCCAGCCUGAUUUCCCUUCUAUUGUUAAAUGCAUGGCCGACGGUCGUAACCACGUGCCGUGCUGCGUGCAAGAGCGCGUGCCCGACAUUUGCCAGGAUGUGUGCCGCGGGGAGUUUACUCCGGUGACAGACAACAUUAAGACGCACUACAGCUGCGCGGCGUACAUGGAGAAGACUUUGGCGUGCAUUGUUGAGGGGAUUGAACUCCUCCCAAGCCCCCCAGAAGACGUCGAAGUGGCAACCCUCAACGAGAAACAACUGAACGUCUCCUGGAACCCGCCAAUCGAGAACACAGACACCGUGACAGAGUACAUCGUUAACGUCACCGCUCUUCGCUCCUUCGAUGCCCAUCUCAUCGAUCCCUCAGAGAGCUCGAUAAAGAAUAUGAGUAUGAAGAUGAGUCAACCUGUGACACACAGGCUGCCGGCCAACAAGACGUUUCUGGUGCUGAACGAUUUGCUCCCGUUCACGAUGUAUGAGAUAACGGUGACGUCGUAUAACGUGCAUGGAUCGAGUUUGCCCAGUUAUGCUAUUAGGUCACUAACCCUAACCCCCGGCAAGAUGAAGACCACGAAAGUGUCCCCCGCGCCCAAGCUGCCCGACGUUCGUUCGUGCUGCGUCAACGCUGGUGUCAACCACUUCGGUUGCGUGGAUAAGCUGUGCGAUCCCACCAAGACUUUUGAGAUCGGGCUGCAGGUCACAGACCUGAUGAUAUGCGCUCCGUGGGCCGGGACCACGUUUGGGUGCCUGGUGAAUGGGAUGGACCACUCGCCGUGCUGCCGGGCGAGGGGCUUGCCUGAGUCCUGUCUUCCACUCUGCAGCGGAAACGUGACGAAUCUCGACUUUAAUCACUUCAAGUGCCUCCGCUACAUGUCCUCGUACACCAACUGCCUGCUCCAAGGCUACGGCGUGCUCCCCGGCCCCCCCACCCGCUUGCACCUCACCAACAUCGACACGGACUACGCCGUGGUGCACUGGUCUCAGCCCGCGGCGCUGCCUGACACCGUGCAGUACUACAACCUGCAUUAUAAGGCGGCGGCGGCGGGGGAUGACUAUAGGGUGCUGGAAAAGAUCCACUCACCGUUCAUCCUGGAGGACCUAGAAUCCAACACCGACUACGAGAUCUACGUGGAAGCAGUCAAUGAACACGGUGUGGGCGACGCUUCCCCACGACUCAUAUUCAGGACUCAGAGUCAGGCGCUCGUAGAAGAAGAGGAACAAUCGAACUAUUACAACGUGACGGCUUGCUGCGAGCGCGUCGCCGUGGCUGGCGUGUGCAUGCCGCUCUGCUCUUACGACGCCAAGAUGUCCGACCUGAGGGCGCUGGCGCCGCUUUGUGCGCAGGAGUUCCAUAAGCUACUACGGUGCGGGGCUGGAGGUCGCAAUCACGAAGCGUGCUGUGCGCGGCGCGGCGUGCCCGCCAACUGCCGCGGCGUCUGCGCCGGGGCUUAUACCGGAGGCAUCAAUACAUGCGUGCCUUAUAUAGGCAACAUUGUGCAGUGCUUCGAAGAAGGUACCGGCCUCCUCCCCGGCCCCCCGCGCGAGGUCCACGCCAUCGUGACAACAACUGGCGACAAGGCUACAGGGGUCUUGGACUGGUCAGCGCCUGAAGACGGCGCCAACGCGACAUCCUAUGUCGUCCACUGGCAACGCGUUGGGAAUAAUUCGCAACCUUACUACUAUAAUACGCUGCAGUUGGACAAUCAAAUCAACACAACAGACAGUAUGGCCAACAUAGAAAACCUAGAAGUGAACGCGACGUACCACGUCUUUGUAGUUGCCGUCAACGAACACGGCACCUCCCUACCCAGCAGUAUGCUUCUGAUCAACAUCACAUCUAACACACUGGAACAAAAUGUGUCCGGCAUCCCCUCUCCCCCACACUCGCUAUCAGUGUCGUCACACUCGGCUACCUGGUUGACGCUCACGUGGCAACCGCCACAGUUCUCGCAUCCCGACGAGAAGAUCUCCUACACACUGUACUACAAAUCUCCAACACAACUAGGCCAAGGCAACGUGACCAUGAUCAACACAACUGUGCCUGGUCACACCCUGGAGAAACUAACUCCGAACACACAAUACGUGUGCUGGGUGAAAGCUCACGCCGCCGCUGGGGAUUCACUGCCAUCGGAGACGCUUGUGGCCUGGACUGAUCCUGCUUAUCCAGCGUAUGUCGAGCCCCCGACUGUGAACCCCGUGAAUCUGGUGGUGGAAGGCUCCAGCAUGACCAUCCUCUGCAUCGCCAUGGGGACACCUACACCUACCAUCUCACUGUACAUUUCUGGUCACCUGAUCCGCCAAGUGGAGACCAGACACAUGGUGACCGUAAUACACAACGUCACUCGCGACAUGGACCAGAUCUCGUGCUAUGCCGAUAACGGGUACGGCACACCUAUGCAGGCUUCAAGGAAGAUCAAUAUUUCACAUGUACCAACAAUCCAAGCGUCUGGCAUCACUAUGGCCGCUGCCGGUGACUCCGUAAUCCUGGAAUGCAGGGUCGAGGCCCUGCCGAAGCCAACUAUUGCUUUCUGGAGAGACCCCAACGGCCGUACACCGGUCAUCGAUGGACCUAACUAUAAUAUACAACUGCUCUCGGAUGCUGAGGAACAAACAAAAUACACCAUGCGUCUAAUAAUAAAGAAGAUAGCGGACACGGACGAGGGAGACUACUUCUGUCACGCCGAGAACGCAUUUGGGAAGACUCUGCGACCAGUCUCGGUGCGGUUGAGGCCGUCGACGCCCCAUCAUAACGUUACGGAGUGCUGUACUCAGAUGAACGUAUCGGCGGCGUGUAUCGACGCAUGCAGUUUCCACCUUGAUAUGGACAACAUCAUGGACCGGCCGGAGUGCAUGAACGACUUCGACAAGCUCAUGAAGUGCGCGGCUGACGGAUCAGAUCACCGCAGCUGCUGCGCUUCCUGGGGCGUCCCUCGCAACUGUCUAGAACUAUGCCGCGGCGGAACCGUCGCACGCUCAUGCGCGCUGCAGCACGCGCGUCGCGCGCUAGCGUGCUUCCGUGACGCCGGAGCACGGCUGCCUGGCCCACCGCGGAGUUUGAAAGCGCACGCCGCGCCUACACCGCACGCUGUACUCCUUAGCUGGGAGCCACCAGCGAAGAAUCCGCAAACAGUCUACUUAUACCGCGUGUUCUGGCGCGCGUACGGCGCCAAAGUGCCAGAGAAGUUAGACACCAGCGAAACUAGUGUCGUGCUCACAGGGCUACAGGACGACGUUCGAUACGAAUGCGUCGUCAAAGCUGCGAAUGAGGCUGGCACCUCAUCCCUCAGCCAGUCGAUAAUGUUCACGACGGCGGGCCAGGAGACGGGCGCGGCGGCGGCGCCGGUGACCGCGGGCGGCGCGGCCACCGCCGUCGGUGUGGCUGUCGCCUGCUUGCUCGUGGCGGCCAUAUUGGCUGCCGCUGCCUUGUAUUAUAGACACAGAAAGAAUCUUAGACUAAAGGCCCAGGGUGGCGUUGCGUUUGAAAACCCGAGUUACCUUAGGGAACCAGCGCCGAUUUCUGACGCCACCAUUAUCAACGGCUCAGUACCAAACGGGAACGCCAACGGCGGAAACGGCGUCGUCAACAGCAACGGGGUUUCCAUAAGUACGGCGUGGCGACAGGAAACGCUACAGAAUCCCAGCACCGCCACACAGCGGGAGGUCGAUCCCACGCUGUAUGAGGAGCUGAAGUUAGGUCAAGAUGGCGCGGGCUUCAAGCGCCUGAAGCCAUAGCCGUCGGCUCGCGGGGCAUCUCCGCUGCGCUCCCCGCGGCUCUCAGCGCGGGUCGCGCCGCGGUACUAGCUCCGCGACCCGCACACAACCAGGACACAUGUCCAGACGAAA